AUGAGUAAUAUUACUGGGUCAGAGGAAGAAGAUGACGACGAUGGGGAUGACGACGACGACGACGAGAGCGAGGAAGGAGACGAUGAAAGCGGCGAGGGGAGCGAAGAUGACGAUGAAGACGAGGACGAGGACGACGACGAAGAUGAUGAUGACGAGGAAGAGGAGCCAGCAUUGAAGUACUCGCGAAUUGAGGGCGCCGUCCCUGACUUGUUGAAGAAGGAUUCCGCCAGUGCAAUUGCAAUAAGCGGCAACAGGCUUAUUGCAUUGGGAACACACGCAGGAAUCGUUCAUAUCAUGGAUCUUACGGGCAAGCGACUCAAGUCGUACAAGCCUCACCUGGCUUCCAUUGUGGACAUUGAGUUCGACGAGACAGGAGACUGGGUUGCAACCGCCUCAAUAGAUGGCCAAGUGCACGUUCGCUCAGUCUCUCUCACUGCCCCUGCAAGUAGUGAGCAUUACUCUUUCGAUCUCAAGCGCCCCAUGCGGACUAUCGCUCUCGAACCACAAUUCGCGUCCAAACGUAGCACUCGAGCUUUCGUCUGUGGAGGCCUGGCUGGGAACCUUAUCAUGUACGAGAAGGGAUGGCUAGGACACCGCGAAACUAUCAUCGCUUCUGGCGAAGGACCAAUAUGGACUGUGAGAUGGGUUGGAAUAGGAAGUGGCGGGUCAAAUGGGUUGAUUGCCUGGGCCAAUGAUUCGGGCGUCAAAAUCUACCAUCCCUCAUCCAAGUCGCUGCUCACAUACAUUGACCGAGCUCCCAAUAGUCCCCGCUCUGAGCUCUUCAAGCCAACCCUUCACUGGCAGGACGAGGGGACUCUGUUGAUUGCUUGGGCCGAUUUCAUCAAAGUUGUCCGGAUCAGAGCACGUUCACCUCACCUCAACUCUCCCCCUCCAUCUUCCAAUGGUUCCAAAGAAACGAAUCUAGCUCCGUUCACGGUCGAGAUCCAGACUGUGUUCCAAAUGGACGGAUGUGCAGUGGCGGGCAUCGCGCCCCAUCCUAUGCCUUCACCGUCUUCAUCCCCCUUCGAGAACAUGGAUUAUUCAAGGGUGUUAGACGACAAGUUUGACAGGAAGAGCCAUCAUUCCAGGGCACCUUCAACAGGGACCGCGAAGACUUUCGAGACAGAAAGUGACGAUCACCGGUCUACUCACUCUCAGCGGACUAAACCUGGCCUGCCAACGAACGGGGCGUACUUGAGGGCCUCGACUCCUCAAAGAAGAUCCUCCAUGCCAAUAGCCAACUCCCCGCCUUUGACAACUUUUCUGCUUCUCACAUACAUCGCUCCUCCGUCUUUGCUCAAACCCAGCCCACACGACGAUGAGCAAAUUCCUACCGAAACAACUGCGACGAAGCGAUCUGCGGCUCAGCGACCCGAGCUCACAAUCGUGUCACGGAGUACAGGUGAAGAGCUUGCGAACGAUAUUUUGGGCGUGAGGGAUUUUGAAAAGUGGGGGUGCAAUGAGUAUAGCUUGGGUAUCGUCCGUGGGGAGGAGGAUGAUCUCGGAACCAAACCCCGGCCAAGUCAACUAGGACCACAUGCCCGGAAUGAAGACAAGGAACGAUGCUACGUCGUCAUGUCACCUCGCGACCUCGUUCUCGUCCGGAAACGGGAUUUGAGAGAUCGAGUGCAAUGGUUAGUCGAACGGGCCAAAUGGGAGGAAGCGCUGAAGGAGGUGGAGAAGUUGGAACAGAUGGAGGCAGCGAGUGGCCGGCAUCGGACGUCUGACAAGGAUCGGGAAGGGGAGGAGAAUGAGGAUCACCUGACCGUCCAUAGUAUUGGUGAUAAGUAUAUGGAUUAUCUGGUCGAUGAAGGCGAGUAUGACAAGGCCGCUUCGCUUGCUCCCAAAGUCUGUGGGCGAGGAACUGGACCCGACAUCGAGAAGAGAUGGGACAAGUGGAUCUGGAAGUUUGCCGAGCGCAAGCAGCUGCAUACCAUUAUACCCUAUGUUCCAACUGAAGCUCCCCGACUCGACCAUCUACUCUAUGAAAUGAUCCUUGGACACUUUAUGGCCCGAGAUCUCCAGGCUCUACUGAAGACGAUCCAGACAUGGCCCAAGGAGAUCUACGACAUCAGCGCAGUCAUCGUCGCCGUCAAAGCCCAACUAGACAAACUAGAAAAAGGCGGGCCUCUACCUGAACACUACGACGGCGUGACACGGCAAGAAGCUGUCGUCCUCCUGAUGGAGUGUUUGGCUGAACUCUUCACCGCUAACCGCCAGCCAGGCAAAGCGCUCCCGUACUUCCUCCGGCUGCGACGACCGAACGUGUUCGAACUCAUCCGGGAGAACAACUUGUUCACGGAUGUGCAGGAUCAGAUAUUGCUUUUGGUUGAGUUUGAUCAUGAGUUGAUGGAGCGGAGGAGGAAGGAAAGGGAGGAGAAAGAGAAGGCGAAGGAGGUGGAGGCGAAAGACGGUGGAGUGAAGGCGAAGGAUUAUGCUGCUGUUGCUUCUUCCAAGCCGGCUGCACCCGCUACUCCUAGUCACGAGGGAGAAGUCAAGCAGUGGCAACAGAGUGAAGCUAUCCAGCUGUUGACGAACAACAUCCAUUCUAUACCUAUAAACCGCGUGGUCCAGCAACUGCAGAACAAGCCCUACUACCUGUUCUUGUACCUUGAUGCCCUAGUGGAGAAAGACCCUCACCUUGUUUCAGCGUUUGCUGAUCUCCAAGUGCGGAUGUACGCCGAAUUUGCGGUUUCGAGGCUCAUCGACUUUUUGCGGACGAGUACCUACUACAACCUUGAGAAGGCGUACAAUGUCUGUAAAGAACGUGAUUUGGUCCCGGAGAUGGUGUUCCUCUUGGGAAGGAUGGGCAACAACAAGAAGGCUUUGACGCUGAUCAUUGAGCGUCUGGGGGAUGUUGAGCGGGCAAUCGAAUUUGCCAAGGCUCAGAACGACGACGACCUUUGGGAAGACUUGCUCCGCUACUCCGAAACUCGACCUACCUUCAUCCGAGGUCUAUUGGAGAAUGUCGGUGUGGAGAUCUCGCCUAUUCGACUUAUCAGGAGAAUUAGGAACGGAUUGGAGAUUCCUGGGUUGAAGGAAGCGUUGAUCAAGAUCCUUCAGGACUUCCACCUCCAGAUCGAGCUACUCGAGGGAUGCAAGACGAUCCUCGAAGGUGACUGUGCCGAGCUCGCAGAACUACUCGGACGACGACAAGGCGGCGGGCUCCCACUCGGCGUCAAAUCCAAAUGUCCCGUCUGCAUGCAACCUCUGCUGUUCCACCAACAUCUUAUCCCACCACCACCGCCUCAGACAACGACGUCCUCGCUGGCUCCGUCGAAGCCCAAACCGGAUACACCGAAUGCAGAUCAUCAACAACAGUCUUCGCUGGCGCUGGUGUUCCUGUGUCGCCACGUUGUGCAUGCUUCGUGUGCGGGAGGGAACCUGAAUCAUUUGCCGUUGCCGACGGAUCCGGUGUUGCGGAGCGUUGGGUAUGGCAGUCGCGGUUCAGAGGCUGGCAGGGCCGGUUCUAGGGGGGCGGGAAUGAGUGGCAUCAUUGCAUUGUGA